AUGGCGACAAAGGCCAGGAUGAACCGCUCUGAGCAUCAAACCCAAGAACCUAAACCGCCCAUCGCAAGUGAGUUCUUAACUGCUAGGCCAACGGCACGAGGUCGUUUGCUCUGGCUCUCAAACAAUGGACCAGGCACAAGUGCCAUGUUACCAUCAAGUAGGAUAGUAUGGUAUUCUAGCCAUCUAGCUUUUGAUAGUAAACAAACAACGAAGGGAAAAUUAGGCGAGGAGGCGUGCAAAGCUUUCACCGACUUGAAAAAGGGUCUUGCUUUAUCUAGAAAAUCCGAUUAUGGCAACAAAUAUUCUAAGUUCAUUGUUGCACGGUUUUCACGUGUGAUUGCUGGUUUACAAAACUAG